UGCCGAACCUUUUUGAAAAUACCGCUUUUGUGUUAAAGAUUGUCAAACUAGAAAGGCAACUUAUUAGGCCAAACAAAAGAAGUGCUGGCACAGAGGGAAGCCAACAGAGACCAAGCAGGCCAUGAGAAUUAAACCGAGGAUUAGCGUGUCAUGUACAUUAUCUCGUACAUCACUUCAUUGAGUGUCGGACCGAAAGCUGGCUUUACUCUCCCACUCCCACUGCAGCCUGUGUGUUUAAACGAGGGCAGGCCACAAGGUCGUAUGCUGGUUGGGGGAGGGAAAUGAAAAGGAGGAGCUAUUCUCGCCGAGGCCUCUCCCGUGACUCCUUUCAUCCUACUGCUGAUCUCACAGGCACACCCGGAGCACAUGGCUCCAUGAUUUUGAAACGGCACACCAAUGGAAGGAUAGAAGCGUCAGUUGAGGGCAAGUGCGCCUGAGCAGCUCCUCCCCCCCUGUAGAGUGCAGCACCGAACAGGAAGUAGAGUAAGACCGAGUGUGUGUGUGUGUGGAGGAGACAAGGGGGAGGUGAAUGCAGACAUGCACACACGCCAACGCACCCAGACUCCGAACCUGAAGCUGAUGUAACUGAUCAAUACAGAUUGACUGUUUUUGGAAGGAAGGAAGUGAAGUGAAGCACUUGCUGGUUAUGUUCUGACUGAGAUUGUGCACGUCUACCUUUUUUGAUCGACCACCAUCAUGUCGCUGCUGACCCACGUACUGGCCUGCCUGUUCGGUAUGGGCUCCUGGGUGGCCAUCAACGGGAUGUGGGUGGAGCUACCCCUGGUCGUACCGGAGAUCCCGGAGGGCUGGUAUCUGCCGUCCUACCUCACGGUCAUCAUCCAGAUGGCCAACAUAGGUCCUCUCUUCAUCACUCUGAUGCACCGCUUUCGCCCCCGGGCGCUGGAUGAGCGGCUGAUCAUCUACUGCAUUGUGGGGUUGGGGAUCGUUGCUACGUUCCUGCUGGCUUUCUUUUGGAAGCACACGGUGGCGAUAGAGGGCUCUUUACACAGUGUGCCGCUGCUGGUGUUGAGCUUCCUGCUCUCCGUGGUGGACUGCACUUCUUCUGUUACGUUUCUGCCUUUCAUGAUGCAGCUUCGGCCACAGUACCUCACCACGUACUUCGUAGGCGAAGGCCUCAGCGGUCUGGUGCCCGCAGUGGUUGCUCUGAUACAAGGCGUUGGUGUGGUCCACUGUCAGAAUGCCACAUUGGCUAGUGCCGCCAACAAGAUCGCUGACAACGCUACGGUCGGCAGUGGGGAGCUGCAAGCGGUCUACCAGCCAGCUAAGUUCUCUGCCCAGGUCUUCUUUGUGUUCCUCAGCGCCAUGAUGGUCGUCUGCCUCGUAGCCUUCAUCCUGCUCAACCAUCACCCAGCUGUGGCUCGAGAGAGAAACAAUGACUUGUACUUCAGUGGUGAUCUGGGCUCUGGGAAGAAAGACGAAGGUCUGUCUCUGCACGCCCAGACUCCAGAGCAGAAGCCUAUGAUCAGCCCAAGGGAAGCCAAUAGGAGGGAGCCCAGGAGCUCUUUUGGGAGGGGGACGUAUAGCAAUCUGGAGGCGCUGUUCAUCUUUGUUGUACUGGCAUGGGUCAAUGCCCUGACCAAUGCAGUGCUGCCCUCAGUGCAGUCCUACUCCUGUCUGCCCUACGGGAACAAGGCUUACCAUCUAGCUGCUACCAUGGCAGCUGUAGCAAACCCAGUGGCCUGCUUCAUUGCCAUGUUUGUGCCCAUUAGGUCUCUCAUCUUGAUGGGUUUCUUGGCCAUGGUUGGUACUGGAUUUGGAGGGUACAUCAUGGCAACGGCUGCUCUAAGUCCCUGCCCCCUGCUGGUCCACAGUGACUUUGGAACUGCAGUCAUAGUGCUGGCCUGGGUCCUGUUUGUCCUCUCCCUGUCCUACGUGAAGGUCAUCAUCGGGGUGAUUCUUAGGGACGAAGGCCACAGUGCCCUGGUGUGGUGUGGAGCGGUAGUGCAGCUGGGCUCCAUGGUUGGAGCUGUGUCCAUGUUCCCAUUGGUCAGUGUAUAUGGACUUUUCAAGUCAGGUGAUGCUUGCAACACAAAGUGUCCAAUGUAGUGAAUGAAUAUGUUUAAGUUAAACACUGCUGUACAAAACUGAAAAAUGAUGUGUGAGCUUUACAUAUUCCUGUUGUUACAGAUCCACACCUACAACAAUAUCACUCCCUGAUUAUUAUACUCAUUUGCUCUAAUGAGGGUCAGGUUUAAUUUUCUACAGAUAUCUGUGUUGAUUAACGAAGCUCAGCACAAUGAUGAAAUGACGUCGACAUUAACAUGUCGGAUCUCACAACACCACUUUGUUGUCGAGCAUGUUACAAGUCCUUCUCAAUUUAGAGGUCAAAGCCAGUUUACUUGAACUGUUAAUACGAUGUGAAAGUAUAAUUGAUGUUCUUUGAACAAGUGGCACCUGUGGCUUUAAAAUGUGACGGUAUUUUGAGACCGUACAUUGUUGUACAUUCUAACGCGCUUUGUAUAUGUUAGUUGUG